AUGCCGAGAAUGCAAGGCCGUAUUCACCUAGUGCGCCAUGCGGAAGGUCUUCACAAUUUGCGCAACGAUCCCAAAAUUCCGAACGCUCCUUUGAGUGAACGAGGUUUUGAUUUCGCGGAAGAACUAGGACAUCGCUUUAUCGGCGAGUACUCCAACUGUGUCGGCGCAAUCAUAUCCAGCCCGCUCCGCCGAACUAUCCAAACAUCCUUGACAGCAUUCCGCCGGAUCUUGGACUCCACCCAGUAUGCUAAAAAUUCCGGUUCUGGUGUUAAUAACGGAGUGACUUUAGCCCUGGAUGCCAAUUUGCAGGAAAUUACCGACCUGCCAUGUAAUACUGGCUCCACAGUGGACGAUCUAACAAUCGAAUUCCCCGGACUCAAGUCAGAAAUACAAAAAUUGCACAAGGACUGGCAUAUCAAGGCAGGGCCUCGUUCACCCCUACCACAGCCUCUGACUCAGAGAAGAGAUGAGAUUCUCGACCGGCUACAAAAGAUCCAGGCUGAUUUGCAAAAUAAAAAAAUGAGCGACGACAUUAUCGUUGUAACUCAUCAAGGUGUAAUUGCUCUGCUAGCACCCACUGCAAAUAUUCCUGUAGGGCAGUGGCAGACCUUCCACUUGGUCAGGAAAAAUGGGCUGCUCUUUUUGGAAUGA